AUGGGGGCCCCGCGCGUCCCCGAGCGGACAGUGCUCUUCCAGCGCGAGAGGAGCGGCCUGACGUACCGCGUGCCCGCGCUGCUGCCCGUGCCCCCCGCGCCCACCCUGCUGGCCUUCGCGGAGCAGCGGCUCAGCCCCGACGACGCGCACGCGCACCGGCUGGUGCAGAGACGGGGCACGCUGGCGGGGGGCUCCGUGCGGUGGGGCGCCGCGCGCGUGCUGGGGACGGCCGCCCUGGAGGAGCACCGGUCCAUGAACCCCUGCCCCGUGCACGACGCGCGCACAGCCACCGUCUUCCUCUUCUUCAUCGCUGUGCGGGGCCGCACCCCCGAGGCCGCGCAGAUCGCCGCGGGCAGGAACGCCGCGCGCCUCUGCUGCGUGACCAGCCGGGACGCGGGGCGCAGCUGGGGCGCCGCCCGGGACCUCACGGAGGAGGCGGUGGGCGGCGCCGAGCAGGACUGGGCCACAUUUGCCGUGGGCCCGGGCCACGGCAUCCAGCUGCGCUCAGGCCGCCUGCUGGUGCCUGCCUACACGUACCACGUAGACCGGCGGGAGUGCUUUGGCAAGAUCUGCAGGACCAGCCCGCAUGCCUUCACCUUCUACAGUGACGACCACGGUCGCACCUGGCGCCACGGAGGCCUGGUGCCCAACCUUCGCUCGGGCGAGUGCCAGCUGGCCGCGGUGGACAGCGGGCAGGCCGGCCACAUCCUGUACUGCAACGCCCGGAGCCCCCUGGGGAGCCGCGUGCAGGCGCUCAGUGCGGACGAGGGCACCUCCUUCCUGCCCGGGGAGCUGGUGCCCGCCCUGGCCGAGACCGCCCGGGGCUGCCAGGGCAGCGUCCUUGGCUUCCCUGCCCCCCUCUUUAGCAGGCUGAGGAAUGGUAGAUGGCCAGUGGGUGCCGGGAGCCACUCCUAUUCUCCACACCUCUGUCUUGGAGUCCAGGAACCCUCAGAGGAGGGUACUGGAGACACCCAAGGGGCCCAGGGGCCCAGUGGGAUGGAGGGAUGGAGGGACAGCCCCGAAGAGCCUGGCCUGGGGCCUGGGCUCAGUGGGAUCAUGGCGGCCUGGACCUCGAAGGUCCGGCCCCCUGCUACCCUGUCUCAGAGCCCCACCUGGCUGCUGUAUUCCCACCCGGUGGGGCGCAGGGCUCGGCUCCAUAUGGGAAUCUAUCUGAGCCGGUCCCCCCUGGAUCCCCACAGCUGGACGGAGCCCUGGGUGAUCUAUGAGGGGCCCAGCGGCUACUCUGAUCUGGCAUCCGUCGGGCCAACUGUCAAGGGAGCCCUGACCUUUGCUUGUCUGUUUGAGAGUGGGGCCAGGGUCUCCUACGAGGAGAUCUCCUUCUGCAUGUUCUCCCUUGGUGAGGUCCUGCAGAACCUGCCGCCGGGCCCCAAGCCACCCGGCCUCGGGGACAAGCGUCUGGAGCGCUGCCGGCCUUCCUGA